AAUGAAACUUCUACUUUUGUAGUACAUUACGAUAAUGCUGACAUAUACAUUAGUAUUUAUUUUUGGUUAAGUAUUACUUUUGGUGAAGUGUAUUCAUAUGGUAGUACUAAUUUUGAUGAUAUGCUUACGUGUAUCUGACUUUUGCUCUUGAACAAUGUAAAUAAGUUUUACUGAAACAAUAUGGUUACACAGAAUAUAUCUGGCAACAUAGUUUUAAUCGAGAAUCGCGCUUUUUUCUGAUAUUUUAAGAAAUUUUUUCUUUAUGUUUUUACAUAAACCUACAAAGUAAAGCGACAUAAAUCGUAAAAAUUAUUGCCAAUUUUUCAAUUAACGAGUCAUUAAAAAGCCUAAUCAUUUACUUGUAAACAAUGUCUCAUUCUACCAAAAUUGGUGGCCAGUCAAAUAAGAAAAAUAGGGAAAGUUGUGAAAGCACCAGUGAGAAAAAAUUAGUACAGGCAAGAUUACCAUUUAAAGUGCUAGUUGAUAGGCCUUCAACAUCAACCGAACUGAAAGCAGCUGCUUCCUUAACAAUAACAGAAAUGGAAAAUGAUACAAUUCUUACGGACGCAAGCAAACGUAGGCUUUCUUUUGAAUCGGAUAUCGAGGUAUACGGUACAACGAGCAAUCAUGAGCAUAACUUGAGCAAAGAAAACGUGAACAUGGGUUCGACAAGUAAAAGGAGUAAGACUUUGAUUAUCAAAAGUGAAGAAGUACUGCCAAUUGAAGGCAGCCAGGAAAACUUAUCAUUGAUAUCUAAUAAAAAAAGUGUUCCGAUUCGUACUCCUAAAGGGCAUAGCAGUAAAAAACGCGUUAAUGUUACGACACCACAAUCAGUUAAAGUUCAGAUGGGCAAAAGCAAUAGUUCUCCAAAACUGCAAAUUAAAUUACUACUUAGUGGUGGUAAAAAAAGUAAAAAAAGGAAAUUAAAAACACGCCUCGAAGGUAGCAGUAAAUCUGAAGCAAAUGACGAAAUUGAAGUAGUUUCAGGUUUGAAUCCUUCGAAAAAAGCUAAAAUAGAUAUGGAAGAGGACACGUUUCUUAAAACUGAAACUGAAUUAAAAGAGGAGGUUAUCGAAUUGGAUUCUGAAUAUGAAGAUUUGAAUAAGGAUAAGGAGGAUUCUGAAAACGUUGAAGCGGAUGAUGAAAGAGACGAUGCUGAUGUCAGUCAAAAUGGAAAAGUACUUAUAUGUGUAAACGAGGAAAAAGCAAAAGUAGAAUCACUUAAUAGCGUUGCAGUGUUAGAGGAUUUUGUUGGGAUUUCUACUAAUAUUAUAAAUAAAAAUAAAGGCUUAACUACCAAACAAAAGAGACUAGUGGAGCAGCGUCGCAAAGCCCGUGAAGAAAAGGAACGCAAAUUGCAAGAUGCGAAAAGACGAAAACAAGAGGAAAAAGACGAGAAAGAGCAAAAAAAACGAAAGGAGCGCGAAGAGAAAGAGGAGCAGAAACGUAAAGAACGCGAUGAGAAGGAACAAAGACGUUUAGCUGAUUUAAAUGCGAAGAAUGAAGAAAAACGUAAACGUAACGAAGCCAAAGAAGAGGAACUUCGUAAGAAGGAAGAGGAACGCAAACGUAAAGAGCAGGAAAAGGAAGAAGCCGAACUUAAAAAGAAGAAAGCAGCCGAAGCCUUUACAAAAUUCUUUCUCCCUAAGGCAGCCAUCAGUAAUCCUGGCACUUCUUUAACAUAUUCAGAUAAUAAUAUAGUUGAAAUCUUGGCAUUUCAACCAUUUGAAAUUAAGGGCGAUAUGAAAUUGGCGCCGGUUUUUCGGAAAAUUCUUACUACAGAAUCUCGUGAAAAGCUUGAUUCUCUGCAGAGAACAAAGGAAUUCUUGUCUGAAGAUCGAUUAUAUUUGGCCACGUUGCGUUCGGGUGAAGUAUUACCUAGUAAGUGGAUUCGAGAGCCUGUAGAGACAGAUGAUGAUUUCAUAAUCGUAGAAGAUGAACUUGAUAAAGUGGGUGAAGCAAUUAUUGAGGAAGGUGUUAUGCAUGGGCGAGAACGCAUGCGAGCUAAAUUUUAUAAAUUUCAUGAUAAUCGAAGGCCACCUUAUUAUGGAACGUGGCGCAAGAAAUCAACAGUUGUGAAACCCCGCAGGCCAUUUGCUGAAGAUAAGAAAAUCUUUGAUUACGAAGCGGACUCAGAUGAUGAGUGGGAAGAAGAAGAACCCGGUGAGUCUUUGGACGGCAGCGAGGAUGAAAAAGACCGAGAAUCCGAGGAUGAUGACUAUGAGGUAGAUAAUAAAUGGUUUGUACCGCACGGACACUUAAGCGAGGAGGAAAUGCAAAAUGAGGAUGAAUGGAUGGCGGACGACGAUAAUACACGACAAGCGCAAAAAUUUAAACUGCAAUUGCUUCAGCAGGAAUUUUCUCAGCAAAUGAAAAAGAAAACUGAGAAAAUUAAGCCUCGACUCAUUGGUUGCGUAUGGGUCGACGAGAAUGGCAAUCAACCGGAGAAUUGUGUAAAAAUAAUUUGGGAUAGCCUGCAAGUACGGACCAUGUUAUGCAGUGAACCGAUUGUAAUUGAAGCCCAACAGUCGGAAAUAGAGCGCUCAGAGCCUUUGUCGCCCAUGGCUGUUACAGUUGAAAAGUUAAAACCAAUAUCUCUCUCAGAAGAAAUGGUAAAAAGUUUGGCUCGUUUAAUACAUGGCAACAAACAUUCGAAAAAUUUUCUCAUUAAUGAAUACAUAGCUUAUGUUGAGAGGACGGAAGAGGCGGUCAAAAACGGUGAUGUACGUAAACCGCUAAAAUCUAUGGUACGAGACAAAAUCGACGAAAUUGCUGUGUGGAAAGCUAUGGAAACUAUUGAAAGCACUCAGGAUUCAGUUUCAGCGAACAAUAAUAAUAGUUAUAAGAAAAAUAAAAAGAAAAAAAUCAAAAAGAAACUUUGUUGGGUAGUAGCGCAAGCGGUUUUAGAUAAAAUGGGUCUACAGCACUUGGACUUAAAAAAUGGCUGGAAUUAUACCCUAGUACCUAAAUUAAAAAAUACGCAUGGAACAGAGACGAUUACCCAACUAAAUGAAAGUACAUUUUUGCAGGAUGGUAACAAUGAAGACGGCCAAGCCAGACAUGGCAAACAUCAACCUGUCCAAGUAAAGCUCAAAGAUCACUCCUUAAAACGAAAUGUCGCGGAAAAAAUGAAACAGCAAAGCACAGAGAAGAAAAAGAUGCCACUACUAAUGGCAACGCCAAGAGAGCAAAAAAUCUCCACCGCAGCUAAGAAUAAUUCAAUCAGUCAAUUUCUGCAAAAACCCACGAAUCCCAAGCCAUCGAAUAAAUUGAACACAAUGCUAACAUCCGAUUCUUUAGAUAAGAGUGCCAAGAUGGUGGUCCUGGAUUAGAAAGUGAAAAUUAGAAAAACAGAUUUGGCGCUUAGAUUAGGCGCACGAUUUUGCACUUUGCCUUUAUAUUCUACUUCGAAAGUCCUUAUUCCUCGAAAGAAAUUUUAUAUAUAACUAUCGAAAAAUUAAAAUGAUUGCAAUGUUGG